AUGGUUAGGGUGUAUGCAUUAGGAGUCCUGUACAAAGGAGUUAAUAGCGCCACAGUUUUAAAGGCGGCGUAUGAUUUACAGAGCUUUAGUUUCUUCCAACGAUCUUCUGUACAAGAGUUUAUGGUAUUUGUUAGUAAAACAAUCGUGGAGAGAACUCAGCAAUCAACAAGACAGUCGGUCAAAGAGGGUGAGUACAUGUUGCAAGUAUAUGUACGAGCAGAUAACCUUGCAGGAAUCUUAAUAUCUGAUCAUGAAUAUCCAAACAGAGUGGCUCACACAUUGAUUACAAAAAUCCUUGAUGAAUUUACUGCCAAAGUUCCAGCAAGUUCGUGGGCUACAGGCAACGAGAGCACUGUUGAUUUCCCUGUUUUGCCGCAGUAUUUGGCUAAAUAUCAGAACCCAAGAGAAGCAGAUGCUUUAACAAAGAUUCAAAAUGAUCUUGAUGAGACUAAAAUCAUUCUACAUGAUACAAUUAAGGCUGUUUUAGAGAGAGGAGAGAAGCUAGAUGAUCUAGUUGCUAAAUCUGAUAGCCUCACAAUGCAUAGUAAGGCCUUCUAUAAAACUGCUCGCAAAACCAAUAGCUGUUGUAAUUUCUGA